UAUCCUUUUUAUCUCAAAAUAUUUUUGUAAAACGCAUGGCCCCCACCACGUCACUCCACUCUCCCCACUAAAUUAAACUUGAAAAACCGCUGCAGCGUCUCUUCAAUACAAAAUAAUUGCGAUAAACAGCAACGCUCUGUUCAUCGGACCGUCACUUGUACCUGCUUCUUCUUCCAUGUCUCACCAUUUAAUGAUUUCUUGUCUUUAUCUUUAUCUUUACCAUCAAAAUAUAUUCCUUCAAAUUUUAUAAGCAAAAUUCAGUUGCCAUCUAUGUUCCCUGUUUCUUAACUUUAUUGGUUGGCAUUUGGCAACCAAGAAGGCAAGAACCCCCCAUGGCCAUGGAGAAGCAGAGAAGUUUCUCUAUCAAACCCACUAGACUCUUCAUCUUCUCCUCCACCGUCUCUAUCUCUCUAAUCUUUCUCAUCUUCUUCUCCGUUUGGGUCUUCAAGCUCACGCCUUUCCCUCUGGAAACCCAUUUUCAGUUUAAUGGUAGCGCCACGCCCAGUUUGGGUUUCAAGCCCUUUAGUGUUCAGGCAUUGACUGGUUUCACCAAAAACUCGUUCUUGGUGGGUGCCCAUUUUGGUACAGCUCAAAUUUCUGGUUUUGUGGAAAUUCAAGGGAAGGGUAGUGAGAAUGGAGUUGCAGUUGGAAAGGUGGAUUCCAGUACAGAUGGAUUGAAGGGUAAUUUUACUGCCUUUGAUGCAAAUCUUUCUUCUAUUGGUAGUGGGAAUGGAGCGAUUUUAACUGAUACCAACCUGGUAAAAUCUGGGAUUAUAUCUGAUUUUGCUGUAAAUUCAUCUGAAAAUGUUGGGAAGAAGAAUGGCAGGGCUUGUGAUGUUACAAAAGGGAAAUGGGUGUUUGAUGAGAGUUACCCUUUGUACACCCAUUCUUCUUGCCCUUUUAUUGAUGAAGGUUUCAGCUGUGAAGCUAAUGGAAGAUUGGAUAAGGACUACCCCAAGUGGAGGUGGCAGCCUCGAGAUUGUGACAUUCCCAGGUUUAAUGCAACAAAUAUGCUGGAGUUGAUUAGAAGGAAAAGAUUAGUAUUUGUUGGGGAUUCAAUAGGGAGGAACCAGUGGGAAUCCAUGUUGUGCUUGUUGAUGGGAGCCAUCAAAGACCCAAGCAAGGUUUAUGAAACUCGAGGGAGGAGGAUAACUAAAGGGAAGGGGAAUUAUAGCUUCAAAUUCGCGGACUAUGAAUGCACUGUCGAGUUUUAUGUGACGCAUUUCUUGGUUCAUGAGAGUAAGGCGAGGGUAGGCAAGAAACGGGUGCAGACCUUGCGAAUUGAUGCUGUCGACAAAGGGUCAUCUAGAUGGAGAGGUGCUGAUAUUCUGGUCUUCAACACUGCUCAUUGGUGGUCACACCACAAAACAAAAGCAGGGAUCAAUUACUAUCAGGAAGGGGAUCGAGUUCACCCUCGUCUUGAUGGCUCAACAGCAUUCCGAAAAGCUUUGAUGACUUGGGCAUCCUGGGUUGAAAGAUACAUCAAUCCCAGGAAAACCCGCGUUUUCUUUAGAAGUUCUGCACCCUCUCAUUUCAGUGGGGGUCAAUGGAACACUGGGGGUCAUUGCAGAGAAGCUUCUCGACCCCUUAACGACACUUUGAGCACCAGUUAUCCCGAGAAGAAUAUGAUCGUUGAGCAGAUUGUACAGAAGAUGAAAACGCCAGUAACCAUCCUAAACAUAACUGGUUUAUCAGAUUAUAGGAUAGAUGGUCACCCAUCUAUAUAUGGAAGAAAACCGGGUAGUUCUGGUGUCCAAGAUUGCAGCCAUUGGUGUCUGCCCGGGGUCCCUGAUACUUGGAAUGAAAUGUUGUAUUAUCAUAUGCAACUAAUGCAUAAGAAGAGAUCUAUUGAUUGAAACUCUAUUGUUUUUCCUCACAUCAACUACAAUUAUUUCAUUUGUUUUUUCCCAGUUUGUGCAAAUUGCAGGGGUAUAAAGUGGAGAAAUUUAUAGGUUAAAUAUAUGUAAAGGGCAAAAUUAUAUGACCACUUGGUGCUGUUGUUGCUGUCGUCAUGUCAAGUGGUGAACAUUAGAAGGUAAAAUCAUGA